CGUACCACAAUAAAGAUGGCGUCGUUUUCUGAUGUCCGCGUCCGAAUAUGUGGGCAAGAAAUUAUCAAAUAUGAUUUAGAAGUUAAAGCUCUCAUUCAGGAUAUACGAGAAUGUUCUGGACCGCAUAACAUAUUAAUGGAACUGAAUGCUGCUGUGAAGGAAAAAAAUCAUCAGUUAAGACAGCGAAUUCAGGAGAUGGAGCAGAUGGCUAAAGAACAAGACAAAGAGACUGACAAGAAUGCCAUUUUGAGAGAAACAGAAGGCCAUCUCAAACAGAUGUUAAGUAACCAAACAGCAUGGAGAAAAUCCAACUUGGCCUGCAAGAUGGCCAUUGAUAACCUGGAAAAAGAUCAGCUACUGCAUGGUGGCGACACACUGGUGAGGCAAAGGAAGGCCACCAAGGAGAGUCUGGUGCAGACGUCCAGUGACAUCACCGAGAACCUGAUGGGCAUUAGUCGCAUGAUGGCCCAGCAGGUAAAGCAGAGCGAGGAGACCAUCGGCACUCUGGCUACGUCAUCACGGACGGUGCUGGAAACAAACGAGGAGUUCAAGUCCAUGACGACGACCAUCCACCUGGGGCGGAAGCUCAUCCUGAAAUACAAUCGGCGCGAGCUGACCGACAAGCUGCUGAUCUUCCUGGCGCUCGCUCUGUUUUUCGCCACUGUCCUCUACAUCCUGAAGAAGAGGCUCUUCCCUUUCAUUUAGAGGCAUGAGGAGGCAAGCCGGCCAUCGCCUGCUGUACUGAGAUCGUCCAUAAACCAGCCGCGCCAUUCUGGAGAUCAGUGUGACUGACUUCAGCAUGACAUCAAAUAAUAUGUGGCCUUUUUUUCUUCUCCCCCUUCCCUCCAAUCCUAACCCAGAGCUUUUGUACAUCUGGGACGUGUGCUGGUGGCACAGUUAACGUGUGCAUUGAGACAGCGCCGGCUGCAGCCUCAUACUGGCACUGGCAGCAGGAGCUCAGUUCGGCGCUUGACAUUUCCAACAUUCCUGCGCCUCACUGACAGCUGGCUGCCUGCUUGUGUCCAGCAGGCAGUGCGGUGUACAUUAUUUGCAGUGCUCUAACCAUGUGAAGUGCUCACUUGGACAGUGUGAUAUUUCCGAGAACGUUGACAAUGAGCGUUGGAGCCAAAAACCUGUUGCGCAGUAUUUGACGUGUGGAAAAAGCUGUUAGGACAUUUGUAAUGCAGUGACAGCUAAUCACAUGACCCAGUGUUAAUAAUUAUACAUUAGUCAUGCUACGUGAUUGUUGUUGGGGAACCUGUGGGGGUCUUCAUCACAGGUUAGCCAUGGGGGAGGGGCUUUGGACAGAGGUCUCGAUUCCUGAUGACCCCGAGAGCUUCGUGUUUAUGUGCCUUUGAGCUCCAGUACAUAAGUACCUCCUCUUGCUAUACUCGAAUAAGCAGGCCACUGGUCUGUACUGAAAAAGAUAAUGUUAUUCUAAAUAUAACAAGACUUUGGCGUUAUAAAUCCGUUGUGAGCUACGAGCCUAUGUUGUGUGUUUGUGCCUAUAUUUCUGUUUUAGAUAGGGAGUGACAGGGGAAAACACGUGUCUACAUUAUUAAGGAAAGAACAGUUUGACAGUAUUACAUUCCAAAUUCCCGUGCCAAAGCCUGUGUUGAUAGCGUCUCUGUGUACUUUCAGAUUGCACCACUAGAUGGUGGUGCAGCGCUUCUUUUCCGUUUAAUCCACGCGUUUCCUUGACCCAAUAGAGGACAUCUUACUCUUAGUCACAAUAGGCCUUUUUUGUUCUUCCCCUUCCAGGACCUGAGAAACGAAUCUGAGAUUUGUACUACUGAACUGAAGCUGGUAGUGGCCUGCUCAUGUUGUGACUCUGAUCACUGAUUUGAAAGUCAAAUCAUUUCCAGAGACUUUGUGACCCCUGUGAAACACUUGUUUGCUGGAUUCUUCUGUGUCAUAAAGGUAAAGAUUGUGUUGUCUUAUGUUAAAUCUUAGACUUCACUGUGACAGUGUAUGCAGGCAGGGAUGAGAGCCCGGACACCAGGAUAUGCCUUUUGUAACUCCUGCUCUUUAAAAAGGCAGGUUGUUUUCCAGAUAAUCUGGUGCCGUUAUUUUGAACUCCUGAGUGACUAAACAACAGUUAGAUCUUUAAAAAUUAUUUUUGAAAACUAAUGCUAGUUGGCACCAGCUGAAGUGUGCUGUGAAAUGUAGUAGUGGAAUUGAGGAUAUAGGGACAUUAAUACUGUACAUCAAAUGAACUGUUUAUGACUCAAGCAAGGCGUAUGAUGGGUCAAGCAGUGAUUUUUCAAAAGGAAAAAAUGUUUAAAAAGACAAAAGAGUCCUCCACAGAAUUUAUUGUGUGAAAAAAAAAAUGCAUACAAUGGAUAACCAUUAAAAAUGAUAUCUGAAAUGCAACAAGUAUAAAUAAAAUUUGUAUUAAAAAUCUAAUGUCAGCACAACUUUGAAUUGCGCUAUAGCACACCCUUAUAAAUGACAGUACUGAAAACCAAAAAAUAAGUCAUGCAUAACUUGUGAAAAAUUGAAAUAAAUUACAAAGGAUACGCAAUUUAAGAAUAAGACGACAGACCUCUGUACAUUGAACAAAUCAGCCUUGGUAAAUGUAGGGAGAAACACCAACAUGCUCUUCAGUACACUAUACAAAGUGUUAAUAUAGGUGUAUGUCAUAUGGAUGAGGUAGGUUCCAGGUAAUACCAAACUAUAAAAUGUUUUCUGGUCCAAAAUCUGUUUUUAUUUUAAAAUGCAACUGUCGUCACUCAUUAUUGAUAAAUAUAGCAUAUUGUUUACUGGGUGGAAUCCCCCUUCAGUUUCUUCAAAAAGGAACAAAAGCACAAUUUAAAAAAAAAACAAAAAACAAAACAAACAACAAUUUAAAAAGACUUAACCCUGAUGAAGUUUUUCAUUGAACAAGUUUGUGACUGGUAUUACAAGCAGACCUUUCAGCCAUGCUGGGUUGGGUGACGCUCCUUACAGCUGCCUCUUCUAUUUCUUAAAGCACAACACGCA